AUGCGUGCAACUCAGAGUCGGCAGAAAUCCUACGCAGAUAAGAGGAGGAGGCCGCUUGAGUUUGAGGAAGGUGACCAUGUGUUCCUCAGGGUUACACCUAUAUUAAGGAAGUACAUUACAGAUCCUACUUACAUGCUAGAGGAGGAUGAUGUUCAGGUGCGGGAAGACCCGACGAUCGGAGUUGGACCAGUGAGAAUCCUGGAUUCUCAAGUCAAGCAACUCAGAGGAAAGGAGAUUCGGACUGUGAAGGUUCUUUGGGACAAGGCAACUCAGGAAAUGACGUGGGAGAUGGAAGAUGUCAUGAGGAGGUCUUAUCCACACCUAUUCCCUGAUGAUGUUGAUGCAUAUGGUCUUGGUAAGGCUUAG